AGUAGGGGAAGAAGUAGCGAGGGUUUACGGUGGAGCAGAUAGGUGUCGCGUAGCGAUGGAGGGGGUAACGGGUGCGUGCGAGCGCACGAGCCCGCCAGUUCUUCGGUGAGGCUCGAAGAGGUCAGGUUAACUCUCGUCACUAUUCCGCUCGGUGGAACGCGAAUCGCUCUCAACUCGUGUACACACAAGUGCACGCACGGUUCUUCUAUUUCGACUUGUCACAUUGAUAACGCUCUUUGUUUGUAUCGUGAAUAGCUAUGAAAUACGGUCGAGACGCGUAAACACUGUUUUCGUUACGUCGCGUGUUCGGUGCUGAUCUCGUCGAGUACAAGGGCGAGUCGUCGUCUUCUCUCGUCGUUGUUAUUCUGCCUGGGCUGUUUCUUUCGGGCCGAGUGGUGCAAAUAGGUGAUUUUAUGAAUUCGAGAUCAGAAGUUCACCGCCAUUUGGAGGAUCGUUAUUAGAAUCUUGGAGAGUUAAGCAGCCACUGUAUGUUCGUCCGCGGCCUAGUGACCUGACCUUGGGUCGGCCCGACCAGGAGCCUUGCCAAACCGAAGGAAGCUAAGCUCGCGAGGCUGGGUCCGGGUAAAAUUCGUAUUUCUGAAUAUAAAAAUCAGCUUGCAUGGACCUUGACUACCCGGCCUUAAUGCGAGGACUGCAGGCAAUCAGUGCACCGAGAAAGGAAUCUUUAAGAAUGUGAAGAAACAAAGGAACGCAAAUGCCCAACCAGGCACGGCCUCGUCGAGAGUGGUCUCCCCAGUCCCCUAUACAUGUAUUGUGGAUGGCCCGCUCUGCCAUGAGGCCGGCCGAGGGCGACACAACGGACUGCAUCCUUGUUGUUGGUAUAUCGAGACCGAAAAUGGCCGCCGCCUUUCUAACCGUCGUCCUUCUCUCCCUCUUCCUCACCUUCCACAUCCUGUACGACAGCGCGGUGUACAGUCUUCACGCGGCCUCGGCCGUGGAGGGGCGCGCGGUCGAGCUGGUGUCCCAGGUCCGCGCCACGCCCCCCCUCCUCUUCUCCAGCAAGGUCCAUUUCCCGCGCACCAGCCGCCAUCUACCUCAGGCGAUCAUAAUCGGGGUGAGGAAGUGCGGGACCAGGGCCCUCCUCGAGAUGCUGUUCCUCCAUCCCCAGAUACAGAAGGCGGCCGGCGAGGUCCACUUCUUCGACCGGGACGACAAUUACGGGAAGGGGCUCGAGUGGUAUCGAAGGAAGAUGCCUUAUUCGUUCAGGGGCCAGAUCACCAUCGAGAAGAGUCCCAGUUACUUCGUCACGCCGGAGGUACCGGAAAGAAUUCGAGCGAUGAACGCGAGCGUGAAGCUGUUGCUGAUAGUGCGGGAGCCAGUGACCAGGGCGAUAUCCGAUUACACCCAGCUUCGAACUCACGCGGCUACCGCAUCGACGAUGACGAAUGGCACGCCUCGAACCGUGCAACAACAGCAGCAACAACAGCAACAGCAGCAGCAGCAACAACAAUUGGCGCGUAGCUUCGAGGAAUUAGUGAUACGGGCGGACGGUAGCAUCAACGAGUCGUACAGGCCGGUUGCCAUCUCCUUGUACCACACGUAUAUGCACAGGUGGCUCGAGGUGUUCUCCAGAGAUCAGAUCCUGAUAGUGAACGGCGACCAGCUGAUCGAGGACCCGGUUCCCCAGUUGCGCAGGAUCGAGAACUUCCUAGGACUGGAGCCGCGGAUAGGCAGGCACAACUUUUACUUCAACCACACGAAAGGUUUCUACUGCCUUCGGAACGAGACGUCGGAGAAGUGUUUGAAGGAGAGCAAGGGAAGGCGGCACCCCCGAGUCAGCCCCGUGGUGGUGACCAAGCUGAGGAGGUUCUUCAACGAGCACAAUCAACGAUUCUACGAGCUCGUGGGGGAGGACCUCGGCUGGCCCGAGGAAUAACCAUCGUAGAGAUGGUGGGCUCGAUACUUGUAUCGUAUC